AUGGCGAUGAUCUCAGAUUUCAGGGGAUUUUCCAUGUCUGUGAAGAGAUUCAUGCAAAGGAGAAAAUACGAACGCCUGGAUGAUUUUAAUGGCGGAAGAAAGCGAUUGAGAGUAGUGCGGUUGGGAGGGCGUAGAGGCAGGCGAAUUUGGAAGCUCAAAUCCAUUCCAAAGUUAAAAUUCAGAGUUAUUAAGUCGGCUGUUAAUGUUGCUGUAAAAUCAUUGUCUGCAAAAAUAAAAGAUGAGUAUGUAAAAUUGAUGUUCAAUCUUUCUCAUUCUAGAUGUAGACAGCCUACUUCACAGGUGCGUAUUGAAGAGUUCAAUGACAAGAUUAUUGUUGAGAUUUACAAGUCGUUUGGAAGAGAGGUCAAAGUGUUGCCGUCCCGAUUCGUCCAGAGAUGA